GCCGUCAUAUCGUUUAGUGUUUAUUUAUUAGUUGUAUGGAAUUUAUUGUUAAACGACCAUGCACAUGAAAGUGCCUGAAGUGAGACGAUGUUGCUUCUGCUUUCCAUUGCGGCAAGGAAUUAUCGUGUUUGGAUACAUAAAUUUAAUAAUUUCUCUUGCUGUUGUGGUUUGCCUCGUUAUCACGACUGAACUAAAAAAAAGCAAGUUGACCGGUGACACCUCGCUGGAGGUCAUUACCUCAACGAUAUUGUUCAGCAUUUUGGGAAUGAGCAUUAUUUUGAACACUGUUCUGUUAGUGGCUGGAUAUCAGAAAGACAUAUCGAUGCUACGUCUGUACAACUACUAUGGCAGCCUCAUUAUCCUAGCGUCGUUCGUUCCCACAAUGGUCCUGACGUCUCGUUUGAUGUUCCUCGAUGUUUUUGCAGCUUUGUGCGCCAUCGCAACGCAAUGCUACGUGAUUCUCUUGGUACGAAGCGAAGUUGUGAAGUUAGAACAUGAAGAAAUUCAACUGGAAGGAGGAACUAGAUGUGAUGAAGAAGCUAUAGAUAUAUCCGAUCGCGAGACCUUAUUGUAAUAAGUAGACGCCAGAGAAAAAUACUUGUUAAAGUAAGUAAUUAUAAAUAAUGCUAGCCUUAUAUUGUAUAAUGUCCCACUUCUGUGCACGGCCUCCUUUACUACUGAGAGGGUUUUAGACCUUAGUCCACUACACUGGCCCUUAUUCUGUAUGAUAGUGUAAACGCGUAACGCGGCCGUGUCAUGUUAUCUUUGAGAAAUGAGCGCGGAAUGGUAUUCUGAAAGCCAAAUUUCUAUAGUCCUAAACAUGAUGCGUUGUGUUCCUUGCUUGUUACACACUGUUAAAAUAACGUGCGGGAUAGAGAAUAAGGCCCGCCUAAAGCGGAUUGGCAGAUUCACAUACCUUCGAAAUUCUUAUGGAGAACUUCUCGGGGCUGUAGGUUUCCUCUCUAUUCCUUCACCGUUAAAGGAAGAGAUAAUUCACAGAGAAUAUACACAUAACUUUAGAAAAGUCAGAGGUUCUUGCCUUUAGGUUUUGGACCUGGGACCUUCGUGUUGGCAGUCAUUCCACUCCCAACUAGGCUUUCGCCGCUUAGUGCGUAAAAAUAUUUGUUAGUUACUUUUUAAAUUCAGAACAGUUUUAGCUCGUUAAGACUGCAUCUGGUAAUUCUUUAAAAGCGUGCUUUUAAAUAUUACGAAUAUAGAGAACUUAACUUAAAAUUUUAAGAAUUUAAAAUUUAUAUUCAUCGAAAAAAUAUCGCCGCAGAGCAAUUUUUAUAAAGAAAUGUUUGAUUUGAACGAAUACAAGUUUAUUUCUUCCUAUGAAAGUUAUAAUUAUUAAAUAAAAUAUCAUUUUCAAGAACUACAGUAUAAUGAAUUUCAAAAAUGAAUACGCUUACUUAUUUAUUGUAAACCAUAUAAUACUUAUAACGUUUUAUAUCUAAUGACGUCAUAACGCUAUGCUUUUUUACGUAAUUAGCGUAAAAACAUGUAUUUUCAAUAGUAAUUAUGUUGUCAAUAUAUCGACGAUAAAAACUUGGCAGGAAACUUGGGAGUUUCUCCGUCACUGGCCUUGUGUUAGCUUUGAAGAGGUAGUAGUAGUUAUAAAAUGUUAUUAUUUAUAGGAAUUGUAAGAAGAUCUUGUGUACCUUGGAAUAAUGUUUGUAUUAUAUUUAAUAUAUUGAAGUGGUUUAUCUUUGAUUCUAUGGAAGUGAUCUUAAUAAUGUCGUCUAUUUUGAUUGGGAACGUUUUUAAAUAGUCUAUUAAAUUAAUUACCCUGUGAUAAGUCUAUGUUCGUCCAAAUAAUAUAUUACUUGCAAUAACCAAAUUAAAAAGAUCGAUUUUUUUUUAAUAUUGUUCCAUGCAAUGAAUGAAUUCAUCGAUUCACAUUGCGCAAUACAUUUGUAUGCAAGAGAAAGAAGGAAAUAUCUUAUUAAGAAGUCAGCAAAACCAAUUCACGAAACAGUACGUACUCUGCCAAAUAUUCGAAGCGAAAUGCAUUCAAUGCGACUGCUUUUUUGGCAACGCACGACUCUGCGGUGUAGUAAUAAUAACAUCAAAUUAUUAUGUAAAAAAAAACUUAAAUAUUUCUACAUUUUCGCGUUCGGGAGCACAGGUGGACGCCCGCGGGACUCUCAGUCGUGACUUACUCCGACCGGACCAUUGUAACGGGCAAUAUUCAUUGAAAUAAUAAGGACUUUCUAAAGGGUAAUAACACUUUGUACACAAAAUUGGCUAUUAAACCAAUCACAGGGCACAGGGCAAAGAUACCGCUAAACCACAGGCAGGACUAUUGUAUCUAUAUUAUUUUGGGAAUCAUAUGAUUUUAUUUUAAUAUACAAACCUUUCUCUGGUUAUUAUGCAAUUGCGUAAAAUCGAAAAAAAUGUUUCGGAUAUGUCAUAAAAGUUACUUGUGUUUUUAUUGAAUUUGUAUAAGGAUUAUAUACUUUUAUAAUUAUUAUAUGCUUGUAAUUGAAAUUUGGUAGAGCUAUUUGAACAAUAAUUAAAUGAUCCGCUAAUGGCCGGUUCUUUACUAAGUUUAACAUUCGAAAUACAUCUUUUUUUAAUUUCA